ACAGCUUUUCACUCACUUUCAGUCUGAUUCAUCAGGCUGAUCACCUCUGGGAGGCAAAGUGUGUUUACCAUCGUCUCUGUCUGACAAAACCAACAAGAUGACUCAUCAGUUCCCUGCGCUGUCCCCGGAGAAGAAGAAGGAGCUGGCUGACAUUGCCCAGAAGAUUGUGGCUACAGGAAAGGGGAUCCUGGCUGCAGAUGAAUCGACAGGCACCAUGGCCAAGCGGCUGCAGAAGAUCAAUGUGGAGAACACUGAGGAGAACCGCCGCUUCUACCGCGACAUCCUUUUCUCCUCUGACCCCUCCAUCGCCAACAGCAUAGGCGGGGUCAUCUUCUUCCACGAGACGCUCUACCAGAAGUCAGACAGCGGGAAGCUUUUCCCCCAGCUCAUCAAGGAGAAGGGGAUUGUUGUUGGCAUCAAGGUCGACAAAGGCACAGCUGCUCUCGCUGGAACAGAUGGAGAGACCACCACACAAGGUCUUGACGGCCUCUCAGAGCGAUGCGCCCAGUAUAAGAAGGACGGCUGCGACUUUGCUAAAUGGAGGUGUGUGCUGAAGAUCUCGGGCAGCUGCCCAUCAGCACUCGCCAUAGCAGAGAACGCCAAUGUUCUUGCCAGAUACGCCAGUAUAUGCCAACAGAACGGCCUGGUGCCCAUCGUGGAGCCAGAGAUCCUGCCUGAUGGUGACCACGACCUGCAGCGGUGCCAGUACGUCACAGAAAAGGUCCUGGCUGCUGUCUACAAGGCUCUGUCGGACCACCACGUGUACCUGGAGGGCACAUUGCUGAAGCCCAACAUGGUCACUGCCGGACACUCCUGCACUAAGAAAUACACCCCGGAGGAUGUUGCCUUGGCCACAGUGAUGACUCUGAGACGCACUGUCCCCUCUGCAGUGCCUGGCAUCUGCUUCCUGUCUGGUGGUCAGAGUGAGGAGGAGGCCUCCCUCAACCUGAAUGCCAUCAACCAGGUGGCCCUCUGUCGCCCCUGGAAGCUGACCUUCUCUUACGGACGAGCACUUCAGGCGUCUGCUCUUUCAGCGUGGAUGGGCAAAGCUGCCAACAAGGCAGCAGCCCAGCAGGUUUUCUGCCAGAGGGCCAAGAUCAACGGCUUGGCUUCCAAAGGAGAGUACAAGCCUGCCGCCACAGCUGACAAGGCCUCCAUGAAGUCUCUGUACACUGCCAGCUAUGUCUAUUAAACACCGCGAACACUUAAAAUAAAAUAGAACCAAAACAAAUGGACCAAAUCUGCCCCCUCAGCUUGAUGAUCAGUUUUUGUGUACCACGCCUAGAUGACUUCCACCAACAUGUCAAGCUGCUGUUUGUCUACUCGAUGAAAUAACUGGAAAUAAAUUAAAAGCCCCAAAACAUCUGG